GGACAGUGCUGUCGUUUUCAGCUUCUGUCACAGCAAUGGCUCUGCCUCUGAGGUCCUUGAGCCGGGGCUUAGCGACUGCAGCCAAGGGAGACCACGGAGGAGCUGGAGCCAAAACCUGGCGCCUCCUGAGCUUCAUGCUGGCGCUCCCGAGCGUGGCCAUCUGCACCAUCAACUCCUGGCUCCACUCGGGCCACCGCGCGCGCCCUGAGUUCAUCCCCUACCACCACCUCCGUAUCCGCACCAAGCCCUACUCCUGGGGUGACGGCAACCACACUCUCUUCCACAAUCCCCGCGUCAACGCUCUUCCCACCGGCUACGAAACUCCCUGAGGCCCUGGCGCAAUAAAGGACUAAACGCUUCGUGUCGGCAGGCUCAGUGGGGAGAGUGGGGUGGCGCGGUGGGUGCGUGGAGGCUUUGGCAGGAGUUGCAUUUGGCUCAUGCGCACAGAGUGGUCUGCGUUCCACGUGCGUCCUGAGGCUGUAGCUUUUCCCACCGUGUCCCUGAUUUGGAAGGUGCAGGAGGGCACAGUGGUUAAGAGCUAAGCUGCUAACCAAAAGGUCGGCAGUUUGAAUCCACCAGCCGCUCCUUGGAAACUCUGUGGGGCAGCUCUACUCUGUCCUAUAGGGUCCCUAUGGGUCGGAAUUGACUCCACUUGGCAGCAGGUUUUUGGUUUUUUGGAGGGAUGAACAGGUUGGGGAUCCUGGCCCCCUCUCCUUUUACCUAUUAAUGAUGAGAGUUGUAGACCAUAAAAGGCUUUGGCAUACACUGAAUCUUCACAGUAACUCUGGGAGGAAGAUAUAAUUUUUGUUCUCAUUCCUCGCAGGAGGAAACCGAGAUUCUCGGUGAUUAAAUGACUUGUUUAAGUUCAGGCAGCUCAUCAGAGGCCCCACCAGACCCAAGUCUGUAGACCUUGAAGUACCACUUUUCGCCAGACACAAAUUGCCCAAACUGAGAGCAUCUGUGAAUCCUGAUUAUUUCAAGAGAACCCUAAUUUCAAACAUAGGAUCAAUCUACAGUCCAAUCUGUGAGGCUCUAUAACCUAAUUCUGGAUUUGGAAUAUUUUGGUUGUUCUCUGUGACCACAUUAAAUGGAUCUUCUGUAUUAGUUUGGGACAUCAGAUGUCCUUUCUGGAAGCCGACCCUCUUGGCUUCUGGGGACCCCAUUCAAGGGGAACAUUGGUUUAAACAAUCUCUGGUCCUUUCAUUCACCUCCUAGGACAGUCUUCUCACUUGCCAUUGCCAAGGAGCCUGAAACCCAUCAACAACCCAUACACAUAUAGAGCCGUGGCCCCCUCCUCGACACUAGUCACAGCACUAUUAAAAAUGAGAUGACCUCAGGCCUCAGUCAACAGUACCCACAAGCAGGUUCCUGGACCUAUUCCUAGAACAGCAGUCUAGUACCUUGACUAGAGCUCUUUCAUACAAGGAAAAUGUGUUAUAAAUGCUCUCAUUUAAUGUAACAAUUUUUAUACAUGUGAAAAAUCACUCUGGCAUUAUGCCUGGUUCUGUACAAAGAUAGUCAUCCCUGAGAAAGUUUGACAGAUAUAUGAAAAUAUAAAGGUCUUCCAAUUCAUUGGGAAGAUGGCCUAGCACCUGAUAGAUCCAUUAGGGCGUUCCAGAUCUGCCUAGAAGUUAUUCUCAUGAAAGUGGAUUUGUCAGCUGAGGCAAGACCAGCCCAUGGGGGUAGAGAUAAACAGGAAAGUGGGCUAUUAAGACAGACAGAUUUGGGGCCUCAGGGCUGAAACCCUCUCCACUGAAUGUGGUAGUCUCUUCAGCCUUGUUGUCCACCAUUUCUUUGUAUUGACGUUUGAAGAAGCCAAGCUAUGAGGGGAAGUAAAUCAGAAAAACUGGGUAAGAGCAAGGGAAGAAAGUUGGAAAUAGGAAGAAGCUAAGUGAGAAAAAGAGAAGGGAGCUAAGCUAACUUGUAUUUGUGUGCCAGAAAAUUUAUUUAUGUGAACAACAGCUAUCUCAUAUUAACUAAUGUGUGUUCCAAGCACCAUACUAGACAGAUGAUACACACCAUCUGUAGCAGAAAAGCAUAGACUUUGAAGUCAGGCAGGCCUGUGUACAUACUGUGGCCUAAUUUCUGCCUCACUUUAGCCACUCUGUGAUAUAAGUAUCAUCAUUGCAAAAAUUAAAAACAGGCUCAGACAGGUUGAACAAACUGCUUAACAUUAAACAGUGAGUUGAAUGAUAGAGCCAAAAUGUGCACCCAGGCCUGCCUGACUCCAGAGUCUGGAUUCUUCCUGUCCUAUCUGUGGAAGGGCUCAGGUUGGAUGGUGAUGGUGUCAAGAGUGGGAUGAAAAUACUCACCUUGUCCAGUGUAGCUGUGAUGAGAGCCAGCAGCAGCAGUCCUCCCACAGAGCUGGCCAUGAGGGGGAUGGGAUUGUAGACUCCAUACUCUUCCAGCACUGUCUCCAUCUUAUUUGGGAGUGACCUUGUCUUGGUUACCUAGUGCUGCUAUAACAGAAAUACCACAAGUGGAUGGUUUUAACAAAGAUAAAUUUAUUCUCUCACAGUCUAGUAGGCUACGAAUCCAAAUUCAGGGCAUCGGCCCCAGGGGAAGGCUUUCUCUCUCUGUCAGCUCUGGAGGAAGGCCCUUGUCAUCAGUCUUCCCUUGGUCUAGGAGCUUCUCAGUGCAGGGACCCCAGGUCCAAAGGACUCACUAUUCUCCUGGCUCUUGUUUCUUGGUGGUAUGAGGUCCUCUUGUCUCUCUGCUCGCUUCUCUCUUUUGUAUCUCGAAACAGAUUGGCUUAAGAUACAGUCUAAUCUUGUAGAUUGAGUCCUGCCUCAUUAACAUACCUGCUGUUAAUCCCAUGUCAUCAACAUCAUAGAAAUUGAAUUUAUAAUACAUAGGAAAAUCACAUCAGAUGAUAAAAUGGUAAACAAUCACACAAUACUGGGAAUCAUGACCUUGCCAAGUUGACAGAUUUUUUUUGUGGACACCAUUCAAUCCAUGACAGACCUCAUCAGAAAACAUCAGGCCUCAUGCUGUCCAGACUUCUCCAAGGUUCCCCAACCUGUAGUUCCUUUCCCUCCUCCCCCAGGCCCUGCUCCAAGGGUUAAGAUGCAGAAGUACUUGUGGGCUUAGGGACAACUGUCCUGCCCAUGGACCUUCAUCUUUCUUCCCUCCAGGCCUACAAACCUCCCACCCAACAUCAUAGAUUUAGCAUCAGGAGCUCUUUCACCGGGCUGGCCACUACGUGCCACACAAUCAAUAGCUGGGCUCUAAUAAAUGCCUCCUGUCCUGGAGGCUGAGAAUACACACAUCCAUCAAAUGUGAUUUCAGCCACACUUACAACCAAUACCUUCUUCUGUAGCAUCUGCAAAAGAGAGGGGAAAAGCUGAGGAAUUGUCCUUAGAGAAGGCUCAGAGUUUAACAAAUGGCCUGGCUCUAGGGUAGGCAGAGACACAUCAGGUACCACCUGAAUCUGGGGGAGAGAGGCUUUGCUCUUGGGCUCUACACACCUGGCUGAUCCAGGCAAAGAUGCAGUUACCCUUCAGGAUGAAGUCAAGCUCCUCCUGGAUGCUGAAGGAGGGAAUGUCACAGCAGAAUCUCAGGCAGAUGGCAAUGGAGCAGUCCUGGGGACAGAAGAAGAAUGAAGUUGAGGAGGCGAGGAACUAUAAGAGAAAAUAAGGUUAGUCAGAUUAUGGGUGAAGAAUAGAUAAAUUACAGGUUGUAUAUAUAGUCUUCAAUCUAGUAGUACAAUUCCCUAUAUCUCCUAAAUGUUCAGCUGGUUCUGCUGUGGGAUCUGGGGCCUUUAUCACCAACAUGGGGUUCCUUGGAAUCCUGGUCAGGAAGUCAGAACAUUGGGGAUGUUCCCUCUCUGACACCUGUGAAGGGGCCACCACAGCCACAUCCCACGCAGCCACUACCAUCCAGCAGGAUGGGAACCCAGAAAUUAAUGCUGAAGACCGAAUCUUGCUGACUCAGGUUAUUCACCUGCAGCAAAUUGAAACAGAACAUUAUUGUGGUCCCUGGAGCAUACCAAAUCCCACAUCUUUCUUGAUUCUACCCCUUGGCUCAUCUCUAUCCUUCCCUCCAACUUCCAGAUUUAUCAGCACCAUGGGAGGGUAGACAUAGAGGUUCCCCGGCCCCUCAUGUAACAUUCACACUUGACCUCUUUCCUGCUCUUCUCAUCAGAAGUUGAAAAGUUGAAGUACAUGGUAGAGCUUUCCUGCUUGGAGAGAGAGAGGGCUUCUUGGUGAUCAAUUGCCCUGAGACCAUCCCCAGUUGUACUCUAGCCUGCUGCUAUGGGCUUUGUUGGGCCCAGCAGAUGACCCAGGGAAAUAACAGUAGUCCCCACAUACCUCUGCAGCCUCAACUCCAGCUGCUCUCCUCUUGAUGUCCUUUGACCCCAUCACUCAGAACUAUUAGCUCUUCCUUUGAUACCUCUGGCUCUUUCAUGACUUUGCUCAAACUCUUUCUUCUGUUUGGAAUGUCCUUACCCAGCUCCCUUCUAGAAAAUUUCACUUACAGGUCCAACUUAAACAUUACCCCCCGCCAUGCUUAAACAUUUUCCCGUGGAAAAAAGCUUUCACUAGUAGGUAUGUGGUUGGCCUCAGGUAAUGCUUGUAGUGGAUGCUGCCAGAGCAAAUAAGCAUAAGGGGACCCCUCAGGAGGAUGGCUGGGGCAAAAAUGGAGUGAGAGCCCUCCAUAGGGGGAAUGAAGAUAUUGUCUGUUGGAUGUGGCCGUCCUGGGGCAGGUAAGUAAAUGUGAGGGAAUAUGGAACAUGAACACAAGCCCAUGGCAUGGACAUAAGUGUGCCAGGCUUCAGGUGGGUAUCGUCCAUCCAUCCAUGCCUUCAUUCAUUCAGGAAACAUUUACCAAAUGCCAGGCUAUGUGCUUGGUCCUGGAGUUCAGUAGUUAAUAAGCCAUAAUCCCUGCCCUCCCAGAGCUUAGCAUCUAACGUGUCAGUGGAAUCAAGCAGACAAGCAGAGGGAGCUGUGUGUUUUAAUACCACCUAGCAUGCAGAAGCCAGACCAGCCACACAGAUAUUCCAAGACCCCAGCAAUUUUCCCACAAAUGUAGCUAUCAUCUUGGUAAUUAAGAACAUAGGCUCUGGAGCCAGACUGCUUGGGUCCAGAUCUCAUGUCUACCACUUCCUACCUGAGUAACUUGAGGAAAGUUACUUGACCUCUCUGGAUCCCUAUAGUUUCUUCCUCUUUAAAAUAAGGAUGCUAUUAAUAGUGACUACCUAUUAGAGUUGUGAUGAGGGUUGCAGAAGUACCUAGCACAGAGUAAGUCUUCCAUAAACGUUAGAGCUUAUCUUUUUUUUUUCCUUUAGUAUGCUAGCCUUCCUCUCUGCUCCUCACCACAACCUUUUCCCUCUCUGCUUCAGUUUUCUCAUCCUUCAGUUCUAAACCUCUUUUCAAGUCUGAGUAAAUCACCCAGCAUUCGCAAUCCUCUGAGAGGCAUGUAGUGUAUUUCCAUGGGCGUGGGCUCCAGAGCCCGCCAUCUGGGUUUGAUUCCUGUUUUUACCAUUCAGCAGUUGGAUUACAGGGGCAAGUUAUUUAACCUCUUGGUUUCUGUAUGGAUAAAAACGGGGAUAAAAAUAACUAUCUCAUAGAGUUAUUGGGAGGACUAACUCAAGGAAUACAUGUAAAGUACUUAAAACAAUACCUGCUAUAUCGUAAGUAUAUAUGUAAGUUCACAUUAUAAAUUCUAGCAUUUUACAUGGAUGGAAAAGGAAACUCACACAUGGGGUAUGGAACGGCAAUGACACUGCCUGAGUCCCCCUCCCUGGUUCACUUAAGAAUUCACACAACAUCGGCAGCAGCAACAGCAACAGCAGUGGCCUCUGUCCCAUGGCAAUAUUGCAGGCUCUGGCCAACUUUCUAAACCUCUGGAGUUUUUUCACUCAGUCUGGUGGGUGGGGGUCCUUAACCCUGCUUCCAGCAUGGUUCAUCUUCUCAGCCCACCUUCAGAACCCAGAGCAGCAGCCCUACACUUGCCUUCCUGUGGCCUACCUAGGCCUUGGGCUCUUCCCAAUGGUUUCUCCACUCUGAGUUUUGUAGAAACCCAACAUUUCCUUUCCCCUAUGUGGCAACAGACCACAUCCUGCUUGGAUGCAAGAGCUCCAUUUCAGUGCUCUCGGAAAUGCCACAGUCUCAAUCUAGUAGCGUUGCUUCAGGCAUGUUCAUGUUUAGCACAAAGGAGAGGAUUGGCUUCACGUUAAAGGAAGCCUGCAUCUUGGAGGGAGACGAGGGAUGCACAGUGGUGUCAAGGUGUGUGUGUCCUAACGGCAGGCUUGCUUAGCCAGUGCUGAGGGACUCGCUAGAGAAGAAUCAAGAAUUGUGCUAUAAAUAUAUGGUUGACCACCCACACAAGCAUUCCUAUGCAAGAAAUCAGAAGGGCCAGUUUAAGUACCCACCCUCAAAAGAGCAGGCUGGGCUGCAGAGAUCGGUACCAGUCUUGAAGGAAGGUCAGAAGUCCCAGGGGAGGUCAGGGAUUAGCCACCUGCUGCUUACUGUAUAAACAGCAUAUUUCACUGGGAGCUCCAGCUGGAAGGUAGUCUUGUUGGUUGUAGGCUUACUAUUUUCACUGGAGAAAGAGAGGGGACCCUGAUUGGAAGAAAUCCAGGAGAAGCAUCUUGAACUGGAGUGUGAGACUGGUGGGAGGAAGGGGGAAAGACACACUAUCCCUCAGCCUGACCGGGGUCCACCUGCUUGCAUUGGCCAUCUGAAGCAGCUUUUCUCCCAGGGUGGCCUUGGGAGAGACAUCUAAUGUGACUAUGAAGAUUCCCUGAAGGAAGAAGGGAUGAGGAUAGGGAAGGUCAUGGGGGAGUGAGAAAAGGGGAAUGAGUCAAGGCAUGGGAGAAUAGUGGCAAGGAUUUGGAGGGAAGUACUGAUCUCAAUGCCCUUUUGGAAGAUGGGGUGGUUGAUGCUGCAGCUACUGCUCCUCAGGUUUUUGCUCCCAGGGGGCAUUGCCUCACAUGCCAGGUGUAGUGGGGACUGAUGAGGUUGGUUCUAGGGAAGGAGAAUGAGUUCAAAAAGGUUACCCACAUGCAUAUAUGGACUUGCUAUAACAAUGGUGACAUUGCAAAACAUUAGGGAAAUGACAGACUUUUUAAUAAAUGAUGCUGGAAAAAUUGGCCCAUACUAAAAAAAAAAAGAAGAAUAUAUUGUAUCUCUACCUCCAUACACUAAAUCCCAAGAGGAUUAAAGACUUAAAUGUGAAAAAGCGAAACUACAAAGCUUUUAGGAGCUAAUAUAGAGGAAUAUCUUCGUGACCUCAGGGUAGGGAAUUAUUUUUUUAAAAAGACAUUUCAAAAAGUACUCAAUACAAAAGAUUGAUAAAUCAACCACAAUAAAAUUAAGACAUUCUUUUUAUUAAAAGACACUAUAUUCAGCCAGUAGAAGAAACGAAGUCUUGAUACAUGCUACAAUAUGGAUGGAGCUUGAAGACAUUAUGCUAAGUAAAAUAAGUCAACCAUAAAAGGACAAAUAUUGUAUGACCUCACUUAUAUAAAAAGACAAGAAAUGACAAAUGUGUAGAGAACAAAGUUUAUUAGUGAUUACCAGGGGCAGAAGGGAGGAGGAAAAGAGAAGUUGAAAAAUUGUAUUAAGGGUAGGGUUGCACAGCUGAUUAUUGUAAUUGCUGUCAGUAAGUUGUACAUCUGUAACAAGUUGAAUUGGUAAAAGUUGUGUGAUAGAUAUGUUUACAACAAUGACCAAAAAAGAGAGAGAGAGUAGCUAUGGAGGCUGCUUAUGUACAAUCAAAAGCCUCAUGGGAUUUGGUUUCUUGGUUUGGAGGUUCAGGGUCACGAUUUCAUGGGACAUCCCAGUUAAUUGGUCUAAUAAUAUGUUUAAUGCUUUUGUUCUACCUUCUAGUUUGUUGCGUAGUGUCUGGGGUCUUAAAAGCUUGCAAGUGGCCAACCAAGGCAUAACAAUUGGUCUCCAUUCCUGGAGCAACAGAGGAAGAAGGAGAGUCAAGAAUAGGAGGAAGUUAUGGAAUGUGUGGCUAAUUGCCUCCAUGAACAACUGCCUUUUUUACCAUGAAACCAAAGGAACUGGAUGGUGCAUGGCUACCAUUAUUGAACAUUUUGAUCAAAGAUUCUGUAAAGAAUCCUGAUCAAAAGGGGGGAAUAUGCAAAACACAAUUUCAAAUUCUCCUGGACUCCAGACUUCCUGGAGCCGUGAAGAUUGGAGGAAUCCCUGAAACUAUUGCCCUGAGAUCAUUUUUAAAUCUUAAACCAAAAUAUCCCCUGAAGUAGUCUUAAAAUCAAAUGGUAGUUUAGCUUAACUAGUAAAAAAUGGCCUCCUUAAGCAUUACACUCUUUUAAGAACUAUCCAUGUGGGAUCAAAGUGACAAGAGCAACUUGAAAGAUUAGAUAAGAACCUUAGGAGGCAGUGACUUUAUGUUAACGUGGAAGGAACAACUCAGAAAAGGAGGGUGAAAAUGGUUAUACAACUCAAAGCAUGUAAUCUAUGUCACAAAAUGGUACAUGUAGAAACUUGAAUUGGUGUAUGUUUUGCUCUGUAUAUUCUCAACAACAACAGCAAAAUAAAUACAUUUUUAAAAAAUGGUCAUGGUCAAAAUUAGGAAACAAUUCAAAUGGCCAUCAAUUAUGGAAUAUAUAAAUAAAUUGUAAUACAGUCAUACAAAGGAACUGUAUACAACAAUGAAAAUUUGUACAUGGAUUUUGGAGACAUGCAACAAUAUGGAUGAAUCUAACAAAGAAAAUAUUGAAGGAAAGAGGCAAAAUGCAAAAGAAUACAUAUAACAUUUCCAUUUAUAUAAAGUUCUUGGGAAAACUGAACAUUAUUAUUUAGUGAUGCAUUCAUAGGUGGUAAAACUAUAAUGAAACAUAAGGAAAUGAUUAUCAAAAAGUCAAAAUAGUGGUUACCUUUACGAACAGGACUCACGGUGAGAGGGUUUCUGGGGGUGCUGGCAGUGUUUUAUUUAUUUUUUUUAAGUUGGAUUCUAAUUGCACAUAACUCAUUGAACUGUAUAUAUGUUUUAUGCUUAUAUAUAUAGACAUACAGAGAGAGAGUCAUUGAAGAAGAAUUAAAAGGAACUACAAUGGCGCAGGAUAGGGGAGAGGGCUCAGCCAGCUAGAACCUAAGGGAGGUGUUUACCUGGGUCUCUAGCACCUGCUGAUAGGACAGCCCUGGUGGGUAGUAAAAGUUGAUCAUGGUUCCAUAGGAAUCCUCACCCCAUUCCACAUUGAGCUCCAGGGAGCUCCCCACCAUUAGAGUCUGUAGGCUGAAAGGGGAAGGACAAGAACGGGAGUGUAACUCCAUUGGAAACAGAUUGGAAUUGGGUCCGGGUGGAUUGUGGGAACUCAUAAGCUAAGGGCUAAUAGCAUUUCAAUCAAAACCAUUUCUUUGUUAGAAGGAGACCCAAAGGCCAGCAUGAGCACUUAUCAUAUAAGGAUGGGAGACCCAGAAGCUUGAGUGUCAGGACAUAAAAGGAGAGAGAGCUUACCCUGAGAAGCUAAGGCUGACGCUCAGAUCUACUUCAUAGAGGUGAUAUUGUCCACAGUUCUUCUCAAAGGGGAACUGCAGCAAAAUAGUGUAUUCUCAUCCCAUCCCGUGUCUUAAUCUUUCUUCAACCCCUUCGUCAGAAGCACUCAUCAACACUGAGUAUUACUGAGCACCUACUCAGAACCCAGCACUGUGCUAGACAUUGGCAAGGAGUGAGGGGGUAUAGAAUAUAAAAGAAAAGGGAAGACAAGGGAGAAGGAGGCUGGCACAUUUAAAAAAUAGAAAUAUCAGCAUGGUUGGAGUGUAUUGAGUAAGAGGUGGUGGGUUACGGUGAGGCUGGAGUGGCAUAUUGGGGCCAAAUAAGAGAGGACAUUGUAGGGGAGGAUUUUGGUCUUUAUAAAUGCAAGGAGGAACAACCAGAGUUCCUCUAAAAUGCUAGUUCUCUAACAGUGAGGGAAUCAGCAUUUUCGAGGAACUCUAGUUCCUCUGUGGUGGAUGGAUUGUGGAGGCAAGAAUUGACGUGGGGAGCCAGCUCAAAUUUUUGUUACUUUGGUCUAGGUAGGAAAGAGAAGUGGUGGUCUAAAGGUGGCUGGGACUGCUAGAGAAAAGUGCACAGAAUCCGGAUCUCUCCUGGAGAUAGAAUUAACAGGUAUGGGUGGUGAAAGGGGGGGAGAGAAGGGACCCAGGUUUCUGACACGGGCACCUGAGUGGAUGUGGAGGUGAGAUUUGGAUUACUGGGGCCCAUCUGCCCUGCAGACAGGGCUGGGGGCCUUUAGUGUGAUGGGGAACUGGGUCAACUUGGACCUCUCCUAGCUGGCCAAGUGAGCUUUUGUAGAUAGUGCGGCAGACUGUGGCAUCCCUGCUUCCAGGGUAGUGGGCACCUCUCCCCAGCACUGGUAUGCAGCGCUACCCCAACUUUCAGCACGGGCUGACUCUUGAAGUGUGCAAGCAGGGGCUGAAGACAGGGCAGUGGCCUCUGGGAGGAAAAGUAUCUGGAGGGGUGGGGGCAGCACUGGUGAAUUCAGACCCACAGUGGGCAAGGGUGAGGUGUGGGGGGAAUUGUUACCUGAGCAGUAGCAUGUGUCCCUGGGCCCCCAUGGCCAAGUCUGCCAGUCCAUCCGGGUUCAGGUUCUGACCCCUACUCAGCAACUGCCCAAAAUACUUGAGCUUGGGAGGGAGAUGGGAACCUGUGAUCUGCUGGUCAGAGAGGGAAAGGAGCAGUAGAAGUUGAGGGAGAGUGAUUGGAAAGGUUCGAGGAGGAAGAUUUAGAAAGGAGACUGCAAUGAAAGGGAUUGGAAUGAAGAAACUGGAAAGGAAAGAAGAUGGGAUACAAAUGGGAAGUAAUCAGAGUGAGAAUAUCAGGGACCCCAGAAGGGAUGUCUUUUGGUCCAACCCAUCAUGAUGGUGCAGAUUAAAUAUGAAAUAAAAACAUAACAAUGGGAAUAUAAUAGAUUCAUUUAUUCAUAAUUUCUUAUGUUCAUUUGUAGAUAUUUGAUGAAUGGAGUGCUUAUUGCUUCCUUGUGCUCUCUACAAAAAGCCUGUGGAGGUGUUUUAUCAUUUCCAUGUUUCACAGAAGAAAACUAAGGCUCACAAAGGCUAAGUUAGUCACUUGCCUAAGGUGACACAGCUUAGUGAUGGCCUUGUCAAGGAAUUUGACCUGUGUCUGAUUCCAAAGCCCACUCUCUUCAGCAUUAAAAGCAAAAAAAAAAAAAAAA